AUGACAUGCUAUCGUAUUUCAUCACAGUUUUCGUAUCGAGUUAAUUGGAACCGAUGUACGGGAUUAUAUUUUAAAAAUAUAAAAAGAUCUUUCGGAUCUUCUCUUAAGAAGAAAAAAGCAGUAAAUUUAUCCUAUGCCUCUUAUGAAAAUCCAGAAGAAUCGACGAAGCCGCCUAUAUUUAUUUUUCAUGGCAUUUUGGCAAAUAAAACACAGUGGGAAGAUAUAGGUAAAACGAUAUUGAGGGUGACUGGAAGAAGAGUUGUAGCCGUAGAUCUAAGGAACCAUGGCAACAGUCCACAUUGCCCUCAUAAAUAUGUAGAUCAAGCAUACGAUGUCCUAAAAUUGCUUGACAAGUUGAAAGUAACACAAGCCAGUCUAAUAGGGCACUGUAUUGGUGGCAGAAUAGCAAUGUGUGUUGCUUUAAUAGCGCCUCGCAAAGUGGCCGGGUUAUUGGUGGUGGAUAUUUCUCCAAUAUCGACUCCGCCUAGUUUUGUAGUAUAUAUGCCGAAAAUAUUAACAUCUAUGGCAUCAGUUAACUUCAAAAACGUGAAAAAUAUAAGUACAGCUAAGAUAGAAGCCAGAAAACAGUUGAACAAGACUGUAGGAGAUGAUUUACUCAUGAACGAUAUCUUGUCCAAUGUUAGAAUUAAAGUAGACGGCACUAUAGGUUGGAUUUGUAACCUAGAUGUAUUGUUAAAAGACUAUAGAUAUUGGACUACCUUUCCAAGAGUUUCAGGCAACCUAAAAUACAAAGGGCCGACGCUGUUCCUUGGUGGACAGUUAUCAGAAUUCAUUCCACCUGACGAUUUAAAUGAUGUCCGAACAUUAUUUCCGAGUGCAGUAAUUACCUACUUAAACAAUGCUGGACACUACCUUCAGGUGGAAGACCCGUUAAAUUUUCUACAAAUUACCGUUUCUUUUUUGAGAAGACAUCGUUAUAAGAAUAAUAAAGUUCUUCACCAAUCAUUGCUUUUCUUACCCAUAUACGCCGUUCUAGUUCAUGUUGUUGUCCGAUUUAUAAAUUUAGUUUUUCUCAAGACAAGCAGUCGCAGCUUAUGA